AACCAGUGACAGCUUCGCAUGUUUUACAAUUGACGUUUCUUUCCGUGAAUGUGUGCGUUCGUAUUGAUUGAUUCAUUGCCGGCUGGGAAGCAAAAGCAAAUUUUACUGCGCCAACAUACAUCUACACUUUGAAAAAUACCUAAAGACACGUAAAACAAAGCAAUGCCACCAAAAAAGCAUGAAGAACCCGAACGUAAACCGUUGAUUGGUCGUAUUGGCACAAAUCUACGUAUUGGUAUCGUUGGAGUGCCCAAUGUGGGCAAGUCGACGUUCUUUAACGUACUGACCAAAAGUGCGGCACCAGCGGAGAACUUCCCUUUCUGCACCAUCGAUCCAAAUGAGAGUAGGGUACCAGUGCCUGAUGAGCGCUACGAUUUCCUAUGUGAUUAUCAUAAGCCAGCCUCGAGGGUGCCUGCCUACCUCAAUGUUGUUGAUAUUGCCGGUCUGGUGAAGGGUGCGUCUGAAGGUCAAGGUCUUGGCAAUGCCUUCUUAUCGCAUAUUAGCGCUUGUGAUGCCAUUUUCCACUUGUGUCGUGCUUUUGAGGAUCCUGAUGUCACGCAUGUGGAAGGUGAAGUGAAUCCCGUACGUGAUUUAGAUAUAAUUUCGGAAGAAUUACGCCUUAAGGAUGAAGAGAAGUUGCUGCAGAAUUUAGAUAAGUUAGAAAAAGUGGUGGCGCGUGGUGGUGACAAGAAGCUUAAACCCGAAUAUGAUUCAAUGGUAAAAAUUAAGGGCAUCUUGGUAGAUGAAAAAAAGCACUUACGAUUUGCCGACUGGAAUGCUCAUGAUAUUGAAACACUCAAUAAAUAUCUAUUCCUUACAUCGAAACCAGUGAUUUAUCUGGUGAAUUUAUCGGACAAGGAUUUCAUACGUAAGAAGAACAAGUGGUUGCCGAAAAUUAAGGAAUGGGUUGAUAAGUAUGAUCCGGGCGCAGUUAUUAUUCCAUUUUCUGGUGCUUUUGAGCACACAUUACUGGAGAAAGAUGAUUUAGAACAAAAGCAGUACGAAGAGGAAGUAAAAUGCAAAAGUCAGUUGGAUAAAAUAAUUGUGACAGGUUAUAAAGCAUUGCAACUGGAGUACUUCUUCACCGCUGGAGCAGAUGAAGUCAAAGCAUGGACGAUUCAGAAAGGUACCAAGGCACCACAGGCCGCUGGCCGCAUUCACACUGAUUUCGAGAAAGGUUUUAUUAUGGCUGAAGUAAUGCAUUUCCAUGACUUCAAAGAGGAGGGCUCAGAAGCUGCUGCAAAAGCAGCUGGAAAAUAUCGCCAACAGGGACGUAAUUAUGUCGUUGAAGACGGCGAUAUAAUAUUCUUCAAGUUCAACGCCGGUGCCGGUUUAAAAGAUGCUAAGAAGAAAUGAUACGGUGUAAUUAUGGUACUAUUUGCAAUGUUUUAUAUAAAUUUGAUUUUGUAUUCUGAAAGUUUUCUAUCGACUUGAAUAUGUAUUUUUGGCUCAUCUUAUUCAUAAAAGUACAUAUGAGAUAUGUUACAAAUUUGAA